AUUACUGAGAUAAGCCACUGAAAGCAGUGGAUCCAGUAAGGUCUAUAUAAACAGCAGCCAUUGUUAGGAUAGUGAUCGGCCUGUCUCUUCUUUAAGUCCCAGCUGAGUUUACUGCGUUCCCAGGGGGCUGCUUUGAAAAGCCGUCAGGAGGGUCUGGUUUCAGCCUCUGACAAUUUAGUAUCAUGACCCCCUGAUGUUCACACCCGCAGGGACGUACCUGCUCUGAAGAAGUUUCCUAGAGAAAGAAAAUGAGAAUUCAGUUGCUACCAAGGACUGAGAGGGAGACCUCCUAGGUCCACAGGGCUCUCCCUCUCCCUGUGGGACUGAGACCUUGGCCCACCCUCCCAGAACAGCCCUCCCAACCUGUUUAUUGAACACAGUUGCCUGAAGGGGGUGAACUAGCAAAACUCCCAGCAGGACCUUAAAAGCCCCACCCCCUCCCAGUCACAAAGCUCUCCAGCAAUAAUAUAGAACAAGUAAAAUUGGGAUGACCAUAUAAAGAUAAAUGUUUAUUGAGUGCUUGCUAUCUGCUUUCUCAACUCUUUAUAUUUCCCAUAAUCAGUGGGAUACUAUUUUAUAGCAAAGGACACGGAAGCACAGAGAGGUUCAGCAACCUCCCAAAGUUAAACAGUUAUUAGACGGUGGCUCGGGACGCAGGCCUAGCCUGUCUGCCUCCAGAGCCCAUGCUCUGCCAUAUUUGCCCUGGGAGAUUUAAGAUGAGUGCGGUCAUGCAGCAAAUUUAACUGACGAUACAGCAUCAAGCCCAGGGCUUUUGACUUCUGCGCCCCAUCUCUACAUAAACAGCUUCCCUUCCAUAAAAGUCUGGAAAGUUAUGUUGAUCAUCCAUCUAGGGGAAACCCUGGUCCUUUCCCCCAAGGCAAACAUUUGGCUGUCCCCUCUUGCCUUCCUCCAGGCGCAUUCAGAAUCCAUCCCCCAUCAGCUUUGGGAGCUAUAAGUGGCCCUUUGCCAACCUCUCAGUUGAUGGACUUUCAUCAGCUAAAAUCUUCUCCUCCAGACUUAACCGAUUAUGAAAGGCAGCUCUGCGGGAUAGUCUGUAAUGAAAGGCCACACAACCUUCCAGGGAGCUACAAUGGAAGAGUCACAGGCAGAACUCGGCAUGGAGCCCCCUCUGAGUCAGGAGACAUUUUCCGACUUGUGGAACCUACUUCCUGAAAACAACCUUCUGUCCUCCGAGCUCUCCUCACCCGUGAGUGACCUGCUAUCACCCGUAAUGACUUCAGAAGAUGUUGCCAACUGGCUGGAUGAAUGUCCGAAUGAAGCCCCCCAGAUGGCAGAGCCUCUUGCCCCAGCUGCCCUGCCACCAGCCACCCCAACACCAGCCACCUCCUGGCCCCUGUCGUCCUUCAUCCCCUCCCAGAAGACCUACCCUGGCAAUUACGGUUUCCGUCUAGGGUUCCUGCAUUCCGGAACAGCCAAGUCUGUAACCUGCACGUAUUCCCCUUCCCUCAACAAGCUGUUCUGCCAGCUGGCCAAGACCUGUCCGGUGCAGCUAUGGGUCGACUUGCCACCUCCGCCCGGCACCCGCGUCCGCGCCAUGGCCGUCUACAAGAAGUCGGAGCACAUGACGGAGGUUGUGAGGCGUUGUCCCCACCAUGAGCGCUCUGACUAUAGCGAUGGUCUGGCCCCUCCUCAGCACCUUAUCCGGGUGGAAGGGAAUUUACGCGCCGAGUAUUUGGACGACCGGAACACUUUUCGACACAGUGUGGUGGUGCCCUAUGAGCCGCCCGAGAUCGCCUCUGAGUGCACCACCAUCCACUACAACUUCAUGUGUAACAGCUCUUGCAUGGGGGGCAUGAACCGGCGGCCCAUCCUCACCAUCAUCACACUGGAAGACUCUCGUGGUAACCUGCUGGGACGGAACAGCUUUGAGGUUCGUGUUUGUGCCUGUCCUGGGAGAGACCGCCGCAUUGAGGAAGAAAAUUUUUACAAGAAGGGGCAGUCUUGCCCCGAGCCACCCCCUGGGAGCACUAAGCGAGCACUGCCUACCAGCACCAGCUCCUCUCCACAGCAAAAGAAGAAACCACUGGAUGGAGAAUAUUUCACUCUUCAGAUCCGUGGGCGUAAACGCUUUGAGAUGUUCCGAGAGCUGAAUGAGGCCUUGGAGCUGAGGGAUGCUCAGGCUAGAAGGGAACCAGGGGAAAGCAGGGCUCACUCUAGUUUCCUCAUGUGUCAGCUGGGACAAGGGAAGAUUAAGAGACUCAUACCCACAAGUACCCCGAGGUGCUCAGUCAGCAUGUCUGCCCUUGGCGGUGACCAUUUUACCCCACCUGAAGUCUAAGAAGGGGUCUUCUCCCUCCUGCCAUAAAAAACCAAUGCUCAAGAGAGAAGGGCCUGACUCAGACUGAUGUCUUCUGCUUCCUGUCACUGGUUGACAUCCCCACCCUCAUCCCCCACCCCUUCCCUGGCGUUUUUUGAGACUCAGGUGCUUAGACCUCUGUUUGGUGCAGGUGCGCCUUAGAAACCCCCUGGGAUUCUUCGUCUGCUCAGCCUGCGGCUCUGCCAAAGAGGCAGACCUGUGCUCGUGGUUUUCUGGGGAUUUGGGGGGUGCUGGCGCUUUCCAGCUUAGCUUUCAAGGUUUUUACUGUGAGCAGCCUUCAGGAGAGGUCAGAAGGUGUUCCUGCGUGUGAGGAACAUCUUAUAACCAGCCAUACACUGAGUUUUCUGGGUUGGAAAACUCAGUUCUCUGCCAUACUAGCCAGGGAAGCUAUCUUAAGUUGUUUGAUUUUCUCCUGACUUCAUUGUUCACAUCUAUAAAAAACUGAUAAUCAUACCUACCUCACCGGGGGUUUGUUGUGAGGGUUGAUGAAAUAAUGUAUGUCUGGCCCCAAAACCAUCAUUUGAUUACAUGAUGUCUGGGACUUAGUGCCUUUUGUGGGUGCUGGUUCUUUGUCCCCCUGGGUGGAUGAUUUGACAGCUUCUGACUGGAUGGCUGGUUAAAGGGAAGAAGUCUCCGAGUCCCUUCUCUCCUGGCCCUGCCAGAUCAUAACCCCUUGGUGAACCUCAGUACCAAAGGGGAAAGCUCACCUUAUCCUGGAUCCGAGUGGCUUCCAUCCCUGCUCUAUCUGCCAGCACCUGUUUUAUUUCCCCCAAAUGCUUCAGCAGAUUUCUUCUGUACUCUGCAGGGCACAUCUGCAUGUGUCACACACACCCCUCCUCUUCCCUUUUUAUAUCCCAUUUUUUAUAUCAAUUUAUUUUACAAUAAAACUUUGCUACCA